GAUCCAGCCUUCCGCGUGCGAGGUUGGCUGCUCGCUGUGUCAGAACAAACUGACAGCAAACCUUUCGGGGAAAAAAAACAUAGGUGUGUGUAAAUAUGGCAGAUAAGGCAGAGAAAAUCGCUGCUGCAAGAAAAAAGCUGAAGCAGUAUCAGGCACGACAGAAAGACCGAGAUCACGACCCGCAUCAGUCGUUGGAACCAUGCACUGAACCGACACCACCAGACAUAGGUGAAGCGGCAGCUGAACCUUCACACCAGUCGCCAUCUCCACAGCCACCAUCAUCUUUCGGGACCAAUAAUCCUCAAAUCGGUACACUGCACCAAGAUGAUUUCAAUGGAGGUAGCUUCUCAUCGGUGGAACUUAGUGCACCCAAACCGUGCAAUUCGAACGACGGAGCAGCUGUUUCGAUUGCCAACUACUUCAACAACAGCACAUUCGCUUUUGCCCAUCCGCCGGGUGCGGUGGAUUUGUUUGAAAACGUAGAACCGAAGCUUGCCUUCGUACCGAUCGCAACAGCUGUACCAGUACCCUUGGUGGAAGCCCGCCAACCGGAACCACCGGUCGAUGCCAGCUUGUACAACAUAAACAAACUAUCGGACGAAAUUGGUAACCUUAUCGCGAAUGCGAAUGCUGAUCUUGGUCCACAGAACACGAUACUUGAGCUGGAAUCGGAAAAGGCCGAUCUGGCGCGACAGCUUAACGCAGAAAAGCUAGAAAACGAUGAGCUGCGGUUGCGACUGCGCAACAAUCAGUCAGUGCUAGAUGAGCUGAAGAUCGAGAUCGAUAAGCUGCGAUUGGAGAAUAGUACACGCGUUACGGUCGAAUUGGGUCCAUUGCAGGAGCAGCUUCAGAUGCAAAUUCAAGCCGUUGGUGUGUUGGUCGGUGAGAAAGCGGAACUUACCGCCUCGCUGGGAAAGUGUAAAUCACUCCUUCAAGAACGAACGGACGAAACGGACGGCCUGCAACAGCGUUUGCAAGACGCGAAUGCUACCGUGCAAAAGCUGCAGGGUGAGUUGAAUGAAGCGAAAAGCUACGGGCAGCGGUACGAUCAGCUAGAGCAAACUAUCAGCUCCCAGGUCGGAGAGUACCAGCGCGAAGCCGAACGUUUCCGCAAGCUGCACGAAGACCUGCAGGAAGAUUUAGCCGAACUGCGCCAAAAGUUAACCGUGCGGAAUGAAGAAUAUCAAGCAGCACAGCAAACGUUGGAGCAGACGCGUUCUGAACUUGGUCUAGCGAAAAUACGCAUCGAUCAGCUAACCACGGACGAUGGGCAAGAUUAUAAUGCGAAAAUUGAAUCGCUCACCCAGCAGAACCUUAUCAAGGCGCAGCAAAUCAAGGAUCUGCAGGAGGUUAUAAAGCAGAUCGGAACGGAACGGGACCAGAGUAGCCAGCAGUACCAGAACUAUGUGCUGCACCUGAACAAGGAGAUAAGCAAUCUGGCGGAAAAGAUUCAGGAGCUGACGGAUGAGAACAAUCGGCUGUCAAAGAGUGAAGAGACGGCCGUACGUUUUGCAAAUGAGCUCGAGCGUCAGAUACAGCAGCAGAUGCAAAAGCAGCAAUCGGUAUACGCCGGUCAGCAGGAAACGAAGGCAGACGCUUGCGAAGGUGAUGCAAAGUUGCGGGAAGAUCAUGAUAGAUUAAAAGCGGAACUGGAUGCACUGCGCAUCAGUAAUGAUACAUUGAACCGUGAAAUGCAAGAGCUUAUGAAUGGAAGUGUUUCAAAAGAGAAUCAGCAAAAAACUGAUUAUGAAACGCUCGUUAAGCAGUACGAAGAUCAGAUAGCUCAGCUGCAACUUACCGUUGAAAGACUUCAGCUAGACAAACCGGAUGUGGCGAAGCUGCUAGUGGAGAUUGAAAGUGGUCGGGUAGGUGCUUCCCGUGCUGUAACCCAAAACCAGGAGCUCAAGUCUCAGCUUGAAGAAAUGCAACGAGCUUUUGUGCAGAUCAGUAAUGACAAGCUUAAUCUAACGGAUAAAUUGCAAACGGAACUGCACCUCGGCAAGGAGAUGAAAGCAAACUAUGGCAAUUUGGAGUCCGAGUUGGCUGCCAUCCGUGAGAAGCUACACUACAAGGAUGAGGAAAUGAUUCGUCUGGCGCAUGAAAACACCGAACUGAACAAGCAAAUUUAUCAACAGAAUCAAGAAAUUGAUCGAUUACGCUACUACGAGUCUCGAUCGAACGAUGCGGCUACGCUACAGCGCGAACUGGAGCUGCAGAAGAGAACCGCCGAUGAACUGCGACGACAGUUGCGCGAAGGUUCCGUAUCGAGCGAACCACCCGUGCUGGUAAACGGCGAUCAAGCGGUACACGAACAUUCGUCCGCCAGUAGCCAGCUGCAGCAAGAGAUCGAUACGCUUCGUCAGGAGAAGGAAGAAUUACUGAAAGCCUUGAACCGAUUCCAGCAAGAUCGUACGCAAGACACGACCGAAGGGCCACCGAACGGUGUCGGUACGUUCGAUCGGCAAUCGUCCAUCGUGAGCAGCAUCCCAACGAUGGAAGCGAUGGAAAAGUUGCAGCAACGAUUUAAACGUACCAUGAUGGAAGUGGCCGAACUAACCGAGGAAAAACAACGGCUCGAACAUUUGGUGAUGCAGCUGCAGGGUGAAACGGAAACAAUCGGAGAAUACAUCACGCUUUAUCAGCAGCAAAGAAGAUUACUGAAGCAAAAGGACAUGGAACGUGAUUUGCAGCUGCAGCAGCUGGCAGACGAUCGUGAAAUGAUGAAACUGAAGCUGAAAGAGCUUAACUAUCUUGUGCAUCGGUUGGUGCAGGAACAACAGCAGGAUGGUGAACAUGAUCACGAAUCCCAUCAUCACCAUCAUCAUCAUCAUAAUCACCACCAGCAUCAUUCCUCGUUGAACAGUAGCAGUAGUAAUAGUAGUGGCAACAGCAACAACAACAACAGUCACUUGGAUACAGGAAGUCCCCUUGCGAAUAAUACUAGUCCUGGUACGGGUGCACCGAGUCAUGACGACGUCGCAACAGCUUCCAUGGAAGCGACAUUACCACCCGGUGCUGAUGGGGAUUACCACCAUUCACCACUGCCAUUACCAAAGGUGCACAUCAAACCAACGGAAACGGCUGGUCGCAUCCUUUCGCUGUUGACCGACAUCAAGGAGGCAAAUAUUCCGUACGGUAGCGGUGUACAGCACUGUUCCUGCUGUUCUGGCCGGUUGGAAACGGUCUAGAGACAAAAUGGGAUAUGGAUCAUCAGUAGACCUUAGGUCUGUCCCACUAAAGCCUCUCCCCCCAUCAAAAGCUGUGGUAUAGUUUUCCUUGUUUUUUUUUAAACGAUAUAUUGCAUAUUUUAUUCUUAUAAACGUUUCUUGGCAUAUUUUAGCUGGCAUAGUGGUAUUUGUACGAUCGAAAUAUAGAACUAACGCAAGCAUAGCGCGUACUAAAGUUA